AUUCCCUCUCUUUAUUCUCUCGCUUCAUUCUCUAUUCUCUCUCUCUUCAUUCUCUCGCUUCAUUCUCUCUCUUCAUUCUCUCUCUUUAUUCUCUCUCUCUUUAUUCUCUCUCUUCAUUCUCUCUCUUUAUUCUCUCUCUCUCUUUAUUCUCUCUUUAUUCUUUAAACAAACCAGCAGCGUGUAAGAUAAGGAUUUAAAAUGACCGUAAGAUUGAGCGCUUUACAAAUCGUAAUAACUGGGUCUUGUUUUCUCUUCACUGUUUUAUAUAAAGACAGAAAACCUCUAAAAUCUCCUCACAGGCUUCGAUAUAAAAUAUAAGAUAUGCUUUAUAAAAUAUUUACAGAAUGCUUAUGAAAGUGUGAACAUAUAAAUGCUCUGUGAAAUAUGAAUUUUUACUUCAGUGACAUAAACAGUUCAUUUGUGUUGCAUUAUUCUUAUACUGUAUAAAAAAAGUCUGUAGAAUGAAGUAAAGUAGAUAUUUAUGAUCAUACAGGGUGCAGCACACAGUGAGAUGAAAUAACGUUUGUCCUGGAUCCAAGGUGAAAGAUAAAUACAGUUUAUAUGACAAACACAUACUCAACACAUUAUAUGAUUAUCAUUAGGUGAUUUAACCAACAGAGGUUUAUGGUUAUUGUUGUCCAUUUCUUGAUUGACAAACCUAGAUGAUCUGGGUUUAAUAAAAAAAACAACCCUAUGUUAAAUAGAUAUAUGGUGUUGCACAGACCCGAGCUCCUUCUUUUCUUUCUCCUCUCUCCUCCUUUCUCCUGCCAUGUCUGUAAUUCUGAGAUCUGAUUGGUCGGCUGGUGAGAUGAAAGGAAACCAAUCACUGUGUCUCCUGCAGUCUGUUCAGGACGCUGCAUUUUGUUUUUAAUGAUCAAGGUGGUGUUUAAAACGUGCCUGAACCUUCACCGGGGGCACAAACAGCACCGGAGCCUCUGCAGAACUGCUGCAGAACCGCAGAGCCAGGUCUUCAUGUACAGCCUCUGUCCAGAGGCCCAAGUUCUUCCACACCUUUCGCAGGAAUCAAGAGCUGAAGAAUGGCUCGUCUGAGAAGAUCAUCCUUCUCUCACAUCUUCACAGGAUUUGUGCUGACUACAGCCAUAUUCGCAGAGUUCCUCCUGGCUCUCCCACUGACCCAGCCCUCCAUGGAACACGGUACUGAGAUCAAUGCUGAGCGGUCUUCCAAGAGACUCAUCCGCAACCGGAGGAACAUCAGCUGGUACAAACAACACUCUGACUUCUGGAACUGGUACAAGUUUUUCACCGACUCGGGCAACCAGCAGGGAGUUGCAGAACUGGACCGUGUGUAUCUGGCCUACCUGCAGAACAAGAACCGUGCUGAAGCCCAGCGCUCCUACAAGAUCUAUCUGCAGCAUCUGGGUGAGAUCUACAAGUCAUGCUCCGAGUCUGACGACCCAAAUUGUGUUGCCUCAUACCUCAGCAGGCCCAAGGCCAAGGCUGAGCCGCAGACACCGGCACCGGUUAAGUCCUGUGAUCCUUUCCGGGAUCCCCAAUGUCUCUAUGCUCGGGGAUACUCUGCUUAUCCGUAUGCAGCCUCUGCAAAGGCACCAGCUCCGUCUCCUCCUCCUGCUCCUGCUCCAGUUAAAACCCCGGCCUACAUCCGAACCCCUGUGGUGAAGGACCCAAGUUCUGGUCAGUACUAUUAUGCCCCUGCGGCACAGUCCUUCCUGUCUGCUGAGCAGAAAGCCGAGCUGUUGCGUAUUUGCGGUGCUGAGGAUGUUGAGUGCCUGCAGUACCACUUCCGUGGUGCUUAUGGCUACAAACCCGCCGGAGUCCCAGCUCCAUCCUACACCCAUCUAGGCCCCCCCUCACAGAAGGUGCAGAAAGCCCCAGCCAGCUUGUACUUUAACUAUCCCAACUGUGAUCCCCGCGUCAACCCGUAUUGUGCCUACGCUGCUGUAGCGGCUUCUCAGAAAUCAGAGGCACCAUCUUCUUUAGCUGCCCUCGAGAGGUUCUGCAACCCACUAUAUGAAGACAACUGCAACCCACUGACGGGUACCAGGUUUGCCGCUCAAUCAGAAAAUCCCAAAGAUGAUCCAGCUUUGGCUGCAGGCACUAUCCAGGAGCAGCAAAACUCCCAUUACGAUCCCUAUGCCAUGUUCCAGGAUGCUGCGUCUUCCACCAUGCGCAGGUUUCCGUCUGGUUCACGCCAAAUUCCACAACACCCUCAGCCACCCACCAUGGAGGAGAACUCUCCAUCAUUUGGACCUCCCGGGAAGACCAAGGAAGGCUAUGAUUGCUUUAUUGGAUACGAUGAAGAAUGCUACCCAGUUGGAACCCAGAAUGUCCCCAAAAUAGUCCCACAAAGGCAGGUUCCGCAUUCAGUGGGCACCUAUGAGCCCCACGUAAACGCAGAUGGCACUAGAAAGGGCGUGAUUGAACCCGAUCCUCACUGUGACCCCGAGUAUGACAGAAAUUGCCGUCUGCGUCGCUACGAGCCUGAGGCUGAGGAACCAGAGAUGCAGUCUUCCCCCAAGGAGGAACGUGAGUAUCUGGAACACAGGGAGGAACCUGUUCGCCAUGAGAAUCAGAGGGAGGAGGUCUUCCCUGAACAGCAGCCAGACAUGAACAACCAGGGCUAUGACCAGCAGCAGUAUGACCGCUACAUGAGUGGCCAGGAGGAUCCCUAUGCCUCUUACGAUCAGCCAAAUCAAGGUCCCAUCAACUUCCAGGACAUCCUGAAGGUGUAUGCAAACCGCUUUCCAAACCAGGAGCACCAUCGUGCCUUCACAGGAGACUACAAGAAGAAGUAAAAGCUGAAAAACGCAGCGUAACGAAUGAUGAUUAGGGAAAUGGGACAGUGUGUGGGCUGUGAAUGAUGUUAUUCACAUCAGGUGUAAAAAUAUUAAAAUUACAGAGAAACAGAUCUUCAGCUCCAAUGGUGCAAAGCGCAGUAGUGUGACAGCACCUAUAUAGGAUUUCAUUUCUUUAGGUUACACUUCUAUUUUAUCGGUUUAACUUGCUCUCAUGUUAAUGAUCAGUUUAAUUGAUUUAGAUGGUUUAGAGAAGAUUCCUGGUGCAACUUGUUGACUAAUGGAUCGUCUGAAGUCUUUUGAUAUCACCUGAUAUAUAAAUUAAAUAUGAUGAGUAGUAAAUUUUCAAGAGGUGGUAGAAUUCAAAAAGUAUCUGAAUAUACAGCAAGCUUUUUUGUGUCCUAUUUCUUUUUUUUCUCCUUUUUCCUUGAAAAAUGCUUUUUCUCUCAUUUAAUGUUUUUUAAUGUGUUUGUAUGAAAACAUUUUUCUUUGAAUGUCUGGAAUAAAAUGCUUUUAAAUAAAAUCUUAAAUUGGUGACAUGUCUGGUCAAUAAAAACUAAAACCAAUACAAAAUAAAAUGUCCCACAGAAUGAGUGUAUGGACAAAAAUAAAGAAAACCUUUCUGCACAAAUGAAACAUCCAAACCUUCUCAGAGCCCAAGAAUUACUGAAUGUUCUGAUAACGUCAUAUAUAAUGUAUAAUGCUUCAGCACUUAUGUACUUAUGCUAUCUUAUGUUUAAAGAGAAAACUCUUUUUUUCCUAAUAGGCCUGUAUUUUGUCCAUUUAGUGACGCUUUGUAUUUUUUCCCUGUGCAUCAGUAGGAUUAUUAAUAAUUAAUGCAUGAAAGCAGUACUAUAAAUGGACUGUUGAAACUGUAGAUGUGGAUAUGAACAGGAGAACUGACUCUGAGUCCUGCAGAACCAGCAAUCUGGAACCUGGAGGAAUUUUAAAGUAAAGUAAGU